AUGCCGCGUCGAACUUACAACAUCGCCAUGGUGUGCGACUUCUUCUUUCCGCAGCCAGGAGGAGUCGAAAGCCACAUCUACCAGGUUGCGUCCAAGCUUAUAGACCGAGGCCACAAGGUGGUGGUUGUUACCCAUGCCUACGACGACCGAAAGGGCAUCCGGUACCUGACGAAUGGGAUCAAAGUCUACCAUGUGCCAUUUGCCAUCAUAUACCGAUCAGCCUCCUUCCCGACCGUCUUCUCCUUCUUUCCCAUGUUCAGAAACAUCAUGCUCAGGGAACAGAUCGAGAUCGUUCACGGACAUGGCAGUUUGAGCAGUCUGUGCAAUGAAGGACUGCUGCACGCCAGAACCAUGGGCUUGAGGACUGUCUUCACGGAUCACUCUCUAUUUGGCUUCGCCGAGGCCGGCAGCAUUCUCACCAACAAGCUGUUGAAGUUCAUCCUCAGCGAUGUAGAUCACAUCAUUUGUGUCAGCCACACAAGUAAAGAAAAUACUGUCCUGCGCGCUGCCUUGGACCCUCUGAUGGUGUCUGUCAUUCCAAACGCGCUGGUUUCGGAGAACUUCCGUCCUCUCAACUAUCCUACGGAGCCAUCUGCUCCAGGCGCCGGUUUCGGGCAUAACCCGCCAACCGCUCAUCACCUUGGGCCUAAUGAUCCCGUUACCAUCGUUGUCAUAUCUCGGCUAUUCUACAACAAGGGCAUAGACCUUCUGACCGCAUCCAUUCCCCGGAUCAUAAUGAACCACCCCAACACCAGGUUCAUAAUCGCUGGAUCAGGGCCCAAGGCUAUUGAUCUAGAGCAGAUGAUCGAACAGAAUGUGCUGCAAGACAAAGUUGAAAUGCUUGGCGCGGUCCGCCAUGAGCAGGUCCGCGAUGUCAUGGUACGCGGGCACAUCUACCUGCAUCCCAGUUUGACGGAAGCUUUUGGCACAGUCAUUGUUGAAGCGGCUAGUUGUGGCCUUUACGUUGUGUGCACGGCGGUUGGUGGUAUUCCCGAAGUCCUCCCCAGCCACAUGACUGUCUUUGCCAAACCCGAAGAGGAUGACCUGGUCCUCGCGACAGGCAAGGCCAUCGCCGCACUUCGCGCCAAUAGGGUCCGCACCGAGAAGUUCCAUGACCAGGUCAAGGUCAUGUAUUCCUGGAGCAACAUCGCCAAACGUACGGAGCGUGUAUACCAAGGCAUAUCCGGUGAUAUCAGUGAGACCGAGUUCUAUGGUUAUGAGACGGCCGACUCUGCAGCCUGGGGUGCUACCAGUCGCUCGGGGGUUCGCAGUUUCGCGCUCAUUGAUCGUCUGAAGCGCUACUACGGCUGCGGUAUCUGGGCCGGUAAGCUGUUCUGUCUCUGCGUUGUCAUUGAUUAUUUGAUAUUCCUGUUUUGCGAGUGGUGGUGGCCAAGAGACCAAAUCGAUACAGCGGCCGAUUGGCCCAGAAAGCAUUUCGAGGAUAGUGACGAGGACUGA